AGAGAUCAAAUAUCUCCUGCAAAAUUUCGGAAACUGACAAUACUUAACAAUGAAAAUUCAUGGAAAUAUAGAUUCUUAUUCACUUGUAGACAAAUUCAAACAUGGGUUUAAAUCCCAUUGGGUCAGUGCUCAUGGGGUUCAAGUCUCAGUUGCUGCUACUCUACUAAGUAUUGCUGGUUUCAUAUUUGCAAUUAAAGAUGUCAAACUCAGAAACUUCAUGGUAUCAGAGAAACAUAGUUCGAAGAGUUAUUAUUGGACAAUACCUGGAUUGCAAAAUCUUGGAAAUAAUUGCUUCCUGAAUGUUGUUUUACAGGCUUUAGCUAGCUGUAAGAGCUUUAACAAAUUUCUUGAGCACGUUGUGGAGGAAUAUGAGGGUUCAUCAAUGGAAGGAAGUGGAGACCUGCCAGUUAUUGCUGCUUUGGCUUCGCUCAUAGAAGAAUUAUGUAUUGCACGACAUGGAAGAGCUGUUCUAAGUCCACGGAGAUUGAUGCAUACCAUGAGUAGUUACAUUCCUAAUUUCAAUCUAACUAGCCAGCAGGAUGCAGAGGAAGCACUCUCCCGUCUUUUAUCUUCUUUAAGAGCCGAAUUGUCAGAAUCUUAUGUUCAUGAUCACAGCUCUUUGGCGGAUGUAACUACACUUCCUAAUUGUAGGAUUGUUAGGCAGAGGAUGGAAGGAGAAAGCGAACAGGAGAGAUGGCAGCAAAGUUUUCUUGGGCCUUUUAAUGGGAUUCUUGGUAGCUUUUUAACCUGCCAAAGUUGUUCGUUUCAGGUUGAAUGGUACUUGAAAGAACAUUUACAAUCAUACAAUUUUAUUAUCACACUGCUGUAUCCUUCGGCACGUCGUAGAACAUGUUUGCUACAUGUACAAGGAAGAUUCUGUAGUUGCUCUAGCCUAGUCACAUGUCUAUUAGCCCCACUUACAAGAUAAUGACAUAAACGACAGAACUUUGCCAUAUAUUAUGCACAGAGGAAGGGCUAAAAACUAUUGAAGAGUGUGAUGAGAAUAUAAGAGUACUUGCACAAUCAUAUCCUCCAAGAAAGUUAAAGAGAAAAGCCAGCAAAACUAGAGACAAAAUUAUCCAAAACGAUUUAAUGCGAUGGCGUAAAAUGUAAAAUGGGAGGGUUUAAGUCACGCUGGACGGUAAGUGGGAACACUAUUAAUCCUCUUGACAGGAUGGAGUGGGGUUGAAAAUGUUGGUUUAUGUUUAGUCAACAAU